AUGGCCGAUGAUACUCCACGUGUUUCUGCCUCCAGCUGUCUUGUCAGCAUCGAUGUCGGAAACCUUAUCAACAGUAUUGGUCACCACCUUGAUCUGGCCUACGGGAAACUUCAAGCCGUAAAGAAUAACCUGUACCUUGAGGGCCCCCUUCGGGACGAUCCUGGCGCCCGCCUCCCUCCUGCCGAGAAGUACUCAGCCCUUGAUACUGGCUACAAUAAUCUCGAUGGUCUCGUUUACUCCCUUGAAGACGAUCUCGAGAACAUCAAGGCCGCCAUGAAUCUUAUGAGAAACGGUUGA